UGAUUAUUAAACAAUAGAACUAUUACAAGAAAAUUGUAGAAACUAUCAAAAAUUUAUUAAACAAAUAGAUAGAUACAAGUUUAGCAAAAGUUAAAUAAAAGUAAAAAAGUUAAAUACAAACUUUUAACUAAAACAAUUGGAAAAAAAACGCAUACAGUCAUAGACAUUGCAAAAUAGAAGUGUAUGAAAAGUGCUGUGAAAAACUAAAUUAAAAAAGUUUGGUUUUUUAUAAAAUGUGGAAUCAAUGGUCUCAGUAUGCCGGCGCUCCGCCGUUGCCUACCACUGCGCCACCACCUCCGCCACAGGAGCCAAGUGGUGGAAUUGACCCGUCAUCAUCCGGUAUAAUAGGGCCCAUGUUGCCGUCAGCCACCGUUGCACCAGCCGCCCCACUGCCGGCAGCAUCGAUGCCAACUGCUGCAGCAGCUCCGUCAGCUGCCGGGGCAAAUCCAUACUCUCAGUAUACAGCUGCCCAAUAUGCAGCCAUGACUCCAGAACAACAAUAUGCUCUACAACAGCAUUGGCAGCAAUGGCAAAAGUAUCAGGAGGAAUAUGCUAGAUGGCAUGCUCAAUAUGGAGAGCAGUACAAACGUGAAAUGCAGAUGGCAAAUGUCAGCACAGCAGCAGCUACACCGGCCAUUCCGGUUACACCAGCCACGCCUGCCACGCCAGCCUAUUCAUCAACAUAUUACCAACAACCACCACCAACUGCACCCGCUAAUAAGAUCACUGGACAACCUCAGUUGUAUACACAACCGCCACCACCACAGGUUCCAGGUCCGGAAGCUGGCGCACCAAUUCCUCCCAAUUAUCCGAAGACAGGAUCAACAUCGGUUGGACCGCAACAACAAGCACCACCGUCAUCAUGGCAACAGCAACCACCACACUCGUAUAAUCAACCACCACCAAAUUUCAAUCAACAAAAUGCCAACGCAAAUAAUUCCCAUAUGAAUUCGCAACAUUUCCAACCACCCCCAUGGUCUGGAGCUUCACAGCAAGGAGCUGCCAGUGGCUCACCAGCUAUGCCACCAACAAAUUUCGAAAAUUCUCAAUUUAAUAAUCGCAAUAACAGUGGAAAUCGUGGACCAAAUACUCCGAGUGGUCCCAAUAACUGGCAAGGACCUUCCAACAAUAGAGGUCCCGAUAAUUGGAACAACAAUCAGUCUGGAAAUCGUGGUAAUGGACCUAAUAACCGGUCAAACAACAAUUGGAAUAGUGAUCAGAGUGCUGGAGACAAUCCUAAUGAGCCUCCAAAUAAUUGGAAUAAUCAGGACUCCGCUAAUCGCAAUUUUGGUUCUAACAAUAGAGGCAAUGUAGGGCCUACCGCCAGUAGUAUUGCAGAUAACAUGCCUCCUACUGAUGAAAAGCUGUCAAAUGAAGAUGAAAAAAUGGGGGCAGAUUAUGAUGAUUUGAAUAAUAGUGGGCCUAAUAACCGUGAAUUUGGUGGUCCAAACAAUUGGAAUGAUAGAGGAAAUAAUCAAGGGGGUCCUGGAGGAAAUGAUCGCAAUCGUAAUUCAAAUAACUGGAAUGAGGGACGCAAUAAUCGUAAUUUCAGCCCAAACAAUAGAGGAUCAAACAAUAAUCGUUGGAAUGAUGGGCCAAAUAGCCGUGGUAAUAAUGGGCCCAAUGAUUGGAAUGAUAAUAAUGCCAACCGCGGACCUAAUGAUCGAAACUUUGGCCCCAAUAAUCGAGGUCCAAAUAACUGGAAUGAUGGACCCAAUAAUAAUCGUGGCCCAAAUAACUGGAAUGAUGGUCCCAAUAAUCGCGGCAAUAAUCCAGCCAAUAAUAGGAACGAUAAUUUCAACAAUCGUGGUGGACCUAAUGAUCGCAACUUUGGUUCUAAUAAUCGUGACAACAAUAGGAAUGAUGGACCCAAUGAUGGUCCCAAUAAUCGUGGCGAUUGGAAUGGACCUAAUGAACGCAGUCGUGACAACAUUCGUUCAAGUGACCGCAGUGAUCGUAGCAAUUCUCGUGAUAAUACAGGUCCUGAUAAUAGGGCAAGCUUUGGAGGUUUUGGUCCUGAUAACAGGGGAAGCAUUGGAGGUUUUGGUCCUGAUAAUCGAGGAAAUAAUGCAGGUCCGUACAAUGGCCCCGACAACAGGGAUAACAACAGACAACAGGGUAAUAUUGGACGCAAUGAUUUACAAAAUCAAAGACGUGGUCCUGGUAAUGACAACCGUGUCAGUAUUACUGACUUGGAUGAAGAAAUGUUUGACCGUCAGUUCCGUAAGUGGGAACAACAAUUUGAAGAUUGGAAAAAAGCCAAUGCAAACCAUCCGGAUAAGGAAAUGUACAAGCGUUACGAACAGGAGUUUGAGAAUCAACGUAAACGUAUUGCUGAAAGACGUGAACAAAUGCGCAGACGUAAAUUAGAACAAAUGGGUCUAGAUCCAAAUCAACCUCCUCCACAACCUUCGCCAAAUCCCUCCCGAACAGGCAGCGUAGGAAAUGACAAAACUGAAAGAAAGAAGAGAAACGAUUCGAUUGGAAGUCAGCAAAGCUCUACUUCAAAACAUAACCAAGAGCACAAUCAAACCAAAACUGCUCAAGAAACCACAGCACAGCCAGAAAUAUCUAAGGAAUUCUCAAAAGUUGGUGAACCACCAAAACGCAACGAUAAUUCACAAGACAAGAAACCACAAGAUGAAGUUAUGAAAGUGGACGAUGAAACUAAUAAAUCUGCCAUGAAUAAAGAAACUCAGCAACAAAAGAGAAACACUGCUACACCGCUGGGAAAACGAAAAAGCCGUUUUGAUACUCCAGCACCAGCCAAUAAAAUGAAGCCAAUUGAAACUGUAGAGGUCAUUGAUUUAGAUGAUGACGAGGGAGAUGUAGAAAAGAUCGAAGAAAAUCAAGGCAAUAUGUCAGAAAUCUUUAAAAAAGUGGAUGGUAUACCCGGGUUAGAUUUGACCGAUGAGACUUCUUCGGAUCUCCCAGCAACUUCAGCUAAGGAUGUAGACACACCAAAAGUAGAUAUAUCGAAAAAACCACCAGAUCAAAAGAAGAUUGUUAAAACUCCUGCCGCACCUGCAGCAGCAACACCAAAGAAAAUACCGUCUUUGUUUGACAUAAAAGUCGAUAAACCCGAUAUGACUGAUGUGGUUGCUGAACCAGAUGCUGCUGUAGCUACCACAUCGGGCAGUGCUUUACCAGAAUUAGCUAAAACUUUAAAUGAUCCAGACUUUUUGAAAAGGAUUUCAGAAGCCGUUGCUCAUGCUAAGGGUGGUGAUUCAACAAAGAAGCAAGAUGUCGACUGGCAAAAGCGUAAUCAAGCUGAUGGCGCAGAAGAUAAACCGAAUGUUGAUAAUCCUGAAAUUGAUAAUACUAAUUCAAGAGAAAGUUUCCGUGAAAAGACUUCUGAUCGCUCAGAGACUGGCGAUGAUUUGAAUUCCAAUUUCAGCGGCAGAGGUAUGCCAAACAAUAUGGGUGGCGGCCCUAACAAUAACUUUGGUCCCAAUAACAAUUUUGGACCCAAUGGCCCUAACAACUUUGGACCCAAUGGUCCUAACAACUUUGGACCCAAUGGCCCUAAUAACUUUGGACCCAAUGGCCCUAAUAACUGGGGCCCCAAUGGUCCGAACAACAAUUUCGGCCCCAAUGGUCCCAACAACAAUUUCGGCCCCAAUGGUCCCAACAAUAAUUUCGGUCCCAAUGGUCCCAACAACAACUUCGGCCCCAAUGGUCCCAACAAUAAUUUCGGACCCAAUGGUCCCAACAACUGGGGUCCUAAUGGUCCCAAUAACUGGGGUCCCAAUGGGCCCAACAACUGGGGUCCAAAUGGUCCCAAUAAUUGGGGUCCCAAUGGUCCUAAUAACAAUUUCGGAGGACCCAACAACCGUGGUGGUGGUAAUAAUUUUGGACCCAAUGGACCUGGUCGUAACUUCGGGGGUAAUGGACAAAACUUCGGCCCCAAUGAUGGACCUGGUCGCAAUUUCGGACGCAAUGGCCCCAACUUUGGACCCAAUGAUGGACCGGGUCGCAAUUUCGGUCGUAAUGGACCCAAUGAUGGCCCUGGUCGCAAUUUCGGACGCAAUGGUCCCAACUUUGGCCCCAAUGAUGGCGCUGGACGUCAUUUUGGACGUGAUGGUCCCAAUUUUGGACCCAAUGAUGGUCCUGGUCGCAAUUUUGGCCCUAACAACGGCCCUGGUGACAAUUUUGGCCGUGACGGACCUGAUGGCAAUAGACGUAAUAUGGGUCGGGAUAACUCCAACGAUAGACGUGGUGGUGAUGACUCCAAAAAUAUAGCCAACAUCGAUGACACCAAUACUGAUGACAGUGGUAGUUCCAAUCGAAACAUCAACAAUCCAUUUAGGCGCAGUGUUGCUCCUAAAGUUGACAGUUUAGAAUCAGCUGGUGAUGAGAAAAAGGAGUCAUGGAUGAAAGGCCCUGAUGAUCGUGUUAAUCUCGAUUAUGAUGAUUACUAUCGCCCCGUACAAGUCAUUGACUAUUCUAAUAGUAAUGCCACACCACCCACAACAACAAUAAUGCCAAAAGUUAUUGAUUAUGGCCAUAAACCGGUGAUGAACGAUGAUAGCAAUGAGUUUAAACCCUUGAAAAUAAUUAAUUACGAUCAUGCCUCAAAGGCCAGGAAUCCACAGCAAAAGCCAUGGCAACAGCAGCAACAACAACAGCAACGUUUAAAUGCUACACAAAUGCGUAAUAAGAGAAAAAAUAAUAAAAACAAUCGACAGCAACAAAAUCAAAAUCAGAAACAGAAUCCAAAUGCAAAUCUAAAUCCAAAUCAGCAGCAACAACAAAAGCAAUUGCUAAUGGCUCAAAAUCCCGCUCAAAACACCAGAAAUGAACAAAAGGAUUUACAAGAACAAAAUAAAACUGCUGCUGCCAAUAAUCAACAGGCUGAACUUGAAGAAAUUUCAGAUUGCGAAGAUAUGCCCGAUGAACCAGAGUCACCACCACCUCCUCCACCGCCAAUGAUCAAUACAAGCGGAACUAUCACAACGUUUGCUUCGGAAAGCCCCUCUAACUCUUCUAUAUUUCCCUCCACAGCCGAAGCUAAUGAAAACCUACCGAAAAUUUCAUCGGCUCAUGUUCAAAUGACCAUACCCACAGAGGAGAACAACAAUACCAUAUCAAUUGAUGAGAUUCUCAUGAAACCGGGACGACAGACCAGACCCAAAAAAAUUUGCGUGAUUUUAAGGGGUCCUCCGGGCAGUGGUAAAUCUCAUGUUGCCAAGUUGAUUAAAGAAAAAGAAAAGGAAAUGGGUGGUAAUAAUCCACGUAUCUUAAGUAUUGAUGAUUAUUUCAUAAUCGAAAAUGAUUAUGAAGAAAAGUGUCCCAAAACUGGCAAGAAAAUACCGAAAAAGGAAAUACUGUAUGAGUAUGACAGAGACAUGGAGGAAAAAUAUAUGGAAUAUUUAAUAAAAUCAUUCAAAAAAACUAUUGCCGAUAAUUUCUAUGAUUUCAUUGUUAUCGAUUGUAAUAAUAAUUCUUUACGUUCAUUGAAUGAAUUUUAUUGUCAUUCAAAAGAUUCGGGUUAUGUGCCCUAUAUAAUAGAUCUAUUUUGUGACUUGGAGACUUGUCUAAAUCAAAAUACUCAUGAACGCAGCGAGAAUGAUAUAAAGAAAAUCAUUGAUACUUGGAAAACCACACCGUGUCAUUAUAUUAAAUUAGAUAUUUCUAGUUUACUGCAGAAUAUUGUGGAAAUGGAAGAUGCUGAAGAUAUGGCUGUGGACACUAAUACAGUUAGUGAAAAUGCUGCUGAUAGUAAUAUGAUGGCCGAGUCUAAUGAUCAACAGCAAACGGAAGAGAAUAUUGAUAAUAAUGAUCCUGAUAAUGUCGAUGACAAUGAUGAGGAUGAUAGUAAUGAUUCCACUGCUAAUUGUGGAUUCUUAAAAAGCAAAUGGGAAACUGAUACCACUACCCAGAAUUUGGCCCGCUUGGAUGGCACUAGUAAACUGUCCUCGAAACGUAAACCCACCAUGGAGGAAUACUUACAGAUGGAUGAAUGGCAACCGUCUACAAAUACUAAAGGCAAAAAGAGGGUCCGCUGGGCUGAUAUUGAAGAAAAACGUGAACAGGAAAAAAUGCGUGCUGUUGGCUUUGUAGUUGGCCAAACCGAUUGGAAACGUAUGAUGGAUCCAAAUGCAGCUAAACGUGCAUUAAAUAAAACUAAAUAUAUUGAACGUGUUAAUAAAAGGCGUUAAAUAAGUUUAAAAACUUUCAAAAUAUCGCAUUUAUUGAAAUGUUGAAAACAUAUUUAAUUUUGUUUUAAAUUUGCAUGUCUGUUUUACAACAGGACUUUGAUUUUUAUAUUUUAAUAAUUAUUAAGUUCAUUUAUCCAUGCCCCACCAUCAUUGAUUUUAUGCCUACGCAUUUGUAAUUUUAUUAAAUUAACGUUUUAAUAUUUAAACAAACAA